UUGGUCAGGAAGAGCGAUGCUGUGAUUGGUCAGACCCAGCGGAGGCGCGGGGCGGGACGUGCUCGGAGGAAGACGUCUCUCCGUUCUCCGGUCAGCGGCCCCUUCGGUCCGUUUUCUCCCACAUUUACAGAACCGGAGGAAUUCGCAUGAACUGCCCCCCCUCCAAAAGGCUGCGAGGCUCCGAGCUGGACGGGCUAACCUCCCACGAUGAUCCCUUUGGAGACGAGGAGGAGUUCACCCAGGAUGACCUGGAUGAACUCGACAUCAUCGCCUCCCAGGCCGUCACUUCCACUGCCAAAGGGCCCGAGUCCAGACCCAGCACCGCCGUCUGUGCGUCCAGCUCGUCCUCGACCCGCCGACAGGACGCCGCCUCUGAGUGGAGCAGAAGACGAGGACAACCAGGAAACACGCUGGAGAACUUCGGGUCAGACAGGGACGACACUGUCCGACUGCUGGAGACCCAGCAGGCAGAGCUAAAGAGGAAGCUGAAAGAAGUGGAGGAGGAGAUCUUACUGAAGAGCGGAGAAAUCCGGGUCCUUCGGGACUCUCUGAAGACGGCUCAGCAGGAGAAAGAGGCUCAGAGGCAGAACCAGAUCCUGCUGGAGACCCAGAGGCAGAACGAGCAGAGCCAGCGGGAGAAGGAGCUGAGCAGGAAGGUCCAGUCUCUACAGACUGAACUGCAGUUUAAAGAAGCUGAAAUCAACGAAAUGAAGACAAAGCUUGUUAGUUCAGAGAGGAACAAGAUGGCGUCUCCUCUGGCCGUGAACAGCCUUGCUGCAGUGCAUCAUGGGAGCGGAAGUAGCUCCUCCUCUCCAGUUGGAAACGGCGUCUUCACCAAAGAGGGCUUUGCUGUCCGAACGUCUUCCAGAAUGACGGCGGUGCAAACCCCAGUGAAAGCUCGGAGAAGCGACAGAGGAGCAUGCAGCAGCAGGUGUGCUGACACGCAGGAGCCGGCCCUUCCUGACCCCUUCCUGAGCAUCAAACCUGCCCGGCUGGAGCACAGAGGUGGAGUACUGCUUGGGUUGUUGUUGCAACAGCCUCCGAUGCUGGGCUCCUUUGGUCUGUCUCACCUGCUGACACUGAACCUAAGAGACUCCAGCCAGCUUCAGGACGACGUCCAGCUCUGCUCUGAUCUCCGUCCUGCAGUCACUGCUGGUGAAGCUGGAUCCUUCACAGCUGCCGGGUCUCUUGCUCAGAGUUUGGCUGCUACAGGACUGAGCCUGCUGAGCCGCAGUCCAGCGGGCAGCAGGGCAUGUCCUGGAGCUGUCCUCCUCCUCCCUCUGCUGGACGUGUACCUGUCGGAGCUCGUGUCGCUGCGCUCCUCCUGCAGCGAUAGCAGCUCAGACUAUCUUUCUGCGAGAUGUUUGGGUCCAUCCUCUGCUGGGAAGAAGAGGCGGCAUGAGGAUGUCAGUGUGUGUAGUUUGAGUCUGGAAGAUGCAGGCCUGACCGCUCUGAGGAUCCUCCGUGUCCUGCUAACCCACAGUGACGAGGUGGUCCAGGCUGUCUUGCUGAAGGAGAACUCAAAGACAGAGGCCAACCAUACUGCUGCACAAGUGGCACUCUGCUCCCAGAAUGCCGUGCUGCAGUCACUCGUGCGGCUGUGUGAGAGCAGCUCCCAUAAGAAACAGCUGGUUGACAGUGUCAUGAAGACGCUGCGUGUCCUCAUUGAGAGAACUUCUCAGGAACAUUCUGGCCGGCUGGAGCGUGUUCUACAGGCGGUGUGUGUGCGCGUGUCCACCAGCAGCCAGGUGCAAACGCUUUCUCUCUGUGUGACCGUCCUCGCCUCCUUGUCUGACCACCAGAUUCUGGCCAGACAGCUCAGCUGGCAACACGACCCCUGUGUUUUCCUGAAGUUAUUCCACUUCAUCAGAACCAGACCAGACGGACAGGCAGCGCAGUCGGACUGGACUCUGCUGGACCUGCAGGUGGUGACUCUGCUGAGCAGACUGACUCAGGGGGCAGGAACCUGGAGGGCAGACGCACAGAGCAACUGUCAGUGCAACACUCAGCUGGUUCAGACGGUUGUGAUUCUCCUCCAUCGUCAGUGGUUGGAUCUUCGAUGCUCUCAGGAGUCACCAGAAUCGACAUGCGUGAGGCAGAAUACUGCUUCCUGUUUGCCGAGGAGGCACAGAGUCGCGGUGUCUCUCCUGCGGGAGUGUCUGCUGCUGCUGCACUGGCUGCUGCUGCAUCAUAGCAGCUUCUCCGAGAGCUGCCGGCCACUACUGCACAUGUAUGACCAGAUGAUCCCCGCCAUGCGCAACAACCUGAAGAACAUUCUUAAUCUGAGCGAGAGUGAAGAAGUGGCCCUGGAGGACCUCUGCCGCUCUGAGGGGGACGACACCGACGAUCUUCACGCCAACGGCUGAUCUGCUGAGCGGACAUGAUCAGGCCCGCCCCGCUGUCAGCUGGACUGAGACGGUUUCCACUGAAGUGAAAGAUGGAAUGAGCUGUAACUGAAGGAUGAAUGCAGGCAUCAGGUCCAAAAAUAAAAGAGAAGCUGCUGAUGCCCCCCCCCAAUGUCUGCAGUCAUGUUUGUGGUUGAGCUUCACUAAACUCACCUCACACUCAUGGAAAACAUCCACAACCACAAGAAGGUCUCUGAAAAGCAGGAGAUUUCUGCCUCAGCCUGGUGCCGUUCCUGCUCAGCAAAAUAAAGGCCUUAAGCAGAUUA